AUGGGCCUUCCCAGAAUCUUCACUGUAGCUCUCUUUGGGACAGUGCGGUGGGUGCAGGUGCCGCAUCCUAAUCACAGGACCUCUACCUUGGAAACAACGUCUGGAAGCUUCUACUUUGUAAUUGUAGGCCAUCAAAAUAAUACGGUUUUCGAAAUGGAAUUUUCACCAGCUGGAAAAAUGGAAUCUAAGGAUGAUCAUUGUCAUCUGAACCAGUUCAUAGCUCAUGCAGCCCUUGACCUAGAAGAUGAAAAUAUGUGGCUAUCUAACAACAUGUACCUGAAAACUGUGGACAAAUUCAAUGAGUCGUUUGUUUUUGCUUUUGUUACUGCAAGCCAUAUGAGAUUUAUUAUGCUUCAUGAUGUAAGACAAGAAGAUGGAAUAAAGAACUUCUUUAGUCAUGUCUAUGAUUUACAUAUAAACUUUGCAAUGAAUCCAUUUUAUGAACCAAAUUCACCCAUUCAAUCAAGUGCAUUUGAUAGAAAAGUUCAAUUUCUUAAGAAGAAACACCCUCAAAGCCAAAUACAGAAAAAUUCUUAA